UUUCGUUUGGACGGGCGUAUGAGAUUAUGAGUUGAAGUGGAAGAUUUUAGACUUCCGCGUCUUUGAAUGAAUCUUGGUCGACUUAAAUAUAUUUUUUUUAAAUAACUACCAAAGAUCUGAGACCAUAUUAUUCUGGUGUACAAUUUAAAGUCCAAUCAUGUUUGUUACGUUUUAUUCCGUUGUUCAGUGUUCUAUUUAUGUUUAAAUCUAUGUUUCUCCUUAUCAGCGGUGAAUAAUAUCAAUUAUCAGCUGCAUAAUAUUUAUCUGGUGGUGUUUGUGUUCAGAAAAUAAAAAACUACUACAACUAUACUAUACAGGACAAACAACAGUACACACUACACAGUGACACUGUGACACUGUGACAGUAGUACAGUACAUAUGUCUACCUCUACCUACAACAACAUCAGAUAAAUUCUGUACCUGAACAUCACUACGCCAGAUGCGUUUCGUUAGUCACGCAAUUCUUAACGGCAGCACUGUUUGUGUUCAUCGGUGUUUUGAAUGUCUGUCCGGCUAAUGGUCAGCGUAUUUUACAGAAAUGGUACGGCGUUGUUGCGCUUCAACCGUACCAAUGACAUCAGGUUACUGGUGCGCACCAAGGUGGCACCGCGAAGCGUUCACACCAAAGCGCUGAAUCCCAUCGUCAGUCACAGUAAUUCACCGAGUUCUGGUUGGCAGAACCGAUGGAACCUUGCCAGAAGAGCGUUUGUCGAUAAUCUGCUGAGCCGUGUAACUAACUCGCUAUCAGCAGAUUUACGAAGGCGUACAGCCAGGCAUCUCAUGUAUGGUAACUCAAGACCUUUUUUCGCACUUGUUGGAAUAAGUUUAGCUUCUGGUAAUGGUCUGAUAACUAAUGAAAAUGAAUUAGAAGGCGUUUGUUGGGAAAUCCGAGAAGCAGUUGGUCGCAUGCAAAAGAACUUAACAGUUGCUGAACGCUUGGAUUUAAACUCAUCUCUGGGCUUGAAACAGUUUGAAUUAGGAUCUGUUAUUGCUAAAGGAAAUAAUGCUGUUGUAUACGAAGCUAGAAAAAUUGAAGAGGAUACAGAUCCUAGUAAUGUAUUUCUAAAACAAGAGUCAUCAAUUAAAAAGUAUCCUCUGGCUGUGAAAAUGAUGUUUAAUUAUGAUGCUGAGAGUAAUGCUAUGUCAAUAUUACGCGCCAUGAGUAGAGAAACGGUUCCAUCUCGUUGCGUGCAACAUAAUUUUUCUAAAACAGAUCAGCAAUGGCUUAUUGGUUAUGAUCAUAAUUUGAUUAAAUUAUCACCACAUCCAAAUAUUGUUAUGAUGCAUUUGUGUUUUACGGACUAUGUACCAGAGUUGAUUGAUUCACAUAUAUUGUAUCCUCAAGCUCUACCAACUAGAAUAAAUCCAGAAGGUUAUGGUCGAAAUAUGAGUUUAUUUCUAGUGAUGAAAAAAUAUGACAUGAGUUUGAAACAAUAUUUAUCUAAAACGCCAUCACUAAAAAUUAGAGAUAAAAUCCUAUUGCUUGCUCAGUUACUGGAAGCUGUUUCUCAUUUGUCAAAUCAAAAUGUGGCACAUAGGGAUUUGAAGACUGAUAAUAUCUUAUUAGAUGUGUCUGAAGGUAAUGAUGUAUGUCCAGCAUUAGUCGUUACAGAUUUUGGGUGUUGUCUUGCUGAUAAAGAUAAUGGACUUAAUCUACCAUAUAAAACUGCUGAUACUGAUCGUGGAGGAAAUAUAGCAUUGAUGGCACCAGAAGUUGUUACUGCUCGACCAGGAACAUUCGGAUAUAUUGAUUAUUCAAAAGCAGAUGUAUGGGCAGUUGGAGCAAUGGCAUAUGAAAUAUUUUCUGGUAGUAAUCCAUUUUAUAGUUAUGAAAGAGGUAAACCUCCAUUGUUGCGUAAUUCUACGUACAAGGAAGAAGAUCUUCCUGCACUUAGUAGUGAUAUACCAUUAAUUAUACAAAAAUUAAUUCAUUCACUGCUACAAAGAUCAACAUCAAAGAGAUUAGACGUUUCGUUUGCUGCUACAGUUUGUCAGAUAUAUCUUUGGGGGCCAUCAUCAUGGAUUACAAAAUAUAUGAUGCCAACUAGUAACGAGGUGUUGCAAUGGAUGUUGUGUUUAACAACAAAGGUGUUAUGUGAAGGAGGAACAAUGAUGUCAACUUUAAACACUAAACAACGUACUUGUACAGAAUAUCAAUUAAUCACUACAUUUUUGCGCAGAGCAAAAUUAUAUGAAAUAAAAAAUGCGUUAUACUGGAUGCAAUCAAUACAACAAGAAUAA